AAUGACAAGUCAAAAGCACCUCCUCGGACGAAUCGCAAGACUGGUCUUGUCCCCCUUUUGAGUUUCCCGGGAAACUUCCUCCUCUCUAAAUCUCUCUACAGUUUCUCAAUUUCUUGCUUCUGCUCUCACGCAUAGCAAUCAUACCCAAUCCUAUUUGCAUAUUACUACUACUCACCAACAACAAUACAUGUCCCAUAAAGUUUUAUCCUUUUUUUAACUUCAUGAUCUAAAAAAAAAUAAAGUUGACGCCUUUUUCUUGCCUUCUUCUACUUUUCCCCAUCUUAUUCUUCUUCUUCUUCAGAUGUAAGCAAUGUUGUUUCCGGUUUCUCCUCAUCCUUUGCUAAAUCUUUUGUAAAGUUCUGUGCUUUUUUUUUGGUAUUCUUCUAUUUGUGAAAGAGGGAAACAAAUUCAGUGAUUUAGGGUUUUUGAAUUCAGAAAACAAAAACAAAAAGUUUCCUUUUUUUAAUUUUGGAUUUGAUGGAAUCCAAAAAUUACUCAGGGGUGGUCAACGGUUACGAGUGUUACGAUGUGAGUUUCUUACCAAAUCAGAUUCCUGAUCUUGGUUUCGGUGUUCCUUCUUCUAGCGAUUUCGAUCUUCGUAUUGAUCAAUAUCACCACCAACAACCUUCCUCGAUUUGGGUUCCUCCUUCAUCUUCACAAGAUGAUCAAUACUCUCCUCCUGCUGAUGAGAUUGAUUCUGAAAACACCCUUUUGAAAUAUGUAAACCAGCUUCUCAUGGAAGAGAGUAUCGCUGAGAAUCAAUCUAUGUUCUACGAUUCAUUGGCUCUGCGACAGACUGAAGAAAUGCUGCAGCAAGUGAUCAACGACUCCCAAACUCAGCCUCAUCUUCCUAACUCUGUUACUACUAGUAGUAGUAGUAGUAGUAAUAGUAGUGGUGAUUACUGGAACAGUAGUAACAGCAAUUCUAGUGUCAGCAAUGAAACAGCCGCUAACUCUACUACAGAGACUGAAGUGUUGUAUGAUAACCAUCUUGUUGAUUCCGGUGUUGUGUCGGAUCCAAGGUCAAGCGUGUUGCAAUUCGGACAACCGGCGAACGAGGUUCUUGUCAGGUGUAUGUUUAGUGAUGCAGAUUCUGUUAUGCAGUUUAAGAGAGGGCUAGAGGAAGCUAGCAAGUUUCUUCCUAAUACUGAUCAAUGGAUCUUUAAUCUUGAUCCGGAGAAAGAAAGAGUUGUUCCGGUGAAGGAAGAGAAAGAUUGGUCCGGUAUCUCUAGAACUAGGAAGAGUCAUCACGCGCGGGAGGAAGAAGAAGAUGAUCUAGAGGAAACGAGGAGUAGUAAGCAGUACGCAGUGAAUGUGGAAGACGGGAAACUAACAGAAAUGUUUGAUAAGGUUUUGCUUCUUGAUGGCGAAUGUGAUCCGCAGAUUAAAGAAGAUGGCGAGAAUGGUUCAAACAAGGUACUUCAGGCUAAGAGAGGAACCGGCCGGGGUAAAAAGAAGAGUCAAGCGGUUGAUUUCCGCACACUACUAACGCUAUGUGCACAGUCCGUUUCAGCAGGGGAUAAGAUUACAGCAGAUGAUUUGCUUAGGCAGAUAAGGAAACAGAGUUCACCUCUUGGUGAUGCAUCGCAGAGACUAGCUCAUUUCUUUGCUAAUGCGCUUGAGGCUCGUCUUCAAGGAAGCUCCGGGAAUACGAUCCAGAGUUAUUACGAUUCUAUUACCUCCAAGAAACGAAUAGCAGCACAGAUUCUUAAAUCUUACCAUGUAUUCUUGUCUGCAUCUCCGUUUAUGACUUUGAUAUAUUUCUUCUCUAACAAGAUGAUACUUGAUGCUGCCAAGGGUGCUUCGGUUCUUCAUAUAAUCGAUUUCGGGAUCCUUUACGGUUUCCAGUGGCCCAUGUUUAUACAGCACUUGUCAAAUAACAAAACCGGGCUACGGAAGCUACGGAUUACGGGCAUUGAGCUUCCUCAACACGGGUUUCGUCCAACCGAGAGAAUACAGGAUACGGGUCGAAGACUUACGGAGUAUUGCAAACGGUUUGGUAUUCCGUUUGAAUACAAUGCUAUUGCGUCUAAGAACUGGGAAACAAUCCGGAUAGAGGAGUUCAAGAUCCGACCAAACGAGGUUCUUGCGGUUAAUACAGUUCUCCGGUUCAAGAACCUCCGAGACGCGACUCCAGGGGAGGAGGAUUGUCCGAGGGAUGGAUUCUUAAAACUAAUCAGAGACAUGAACCCAAACGUUUUCCUCAGCUCGACGAUUAACGGAUCUUUCAACGCUCCAUUCUUCACCACACGGUUCAAAGAAGCUCUGUUUCACUACUCGGCGCUCUUUGACUUGUUUGGUGCGACUCUGUCGCGAGAAAACCCGGAGAGGAUACAUUUUGAAGGAGAGUUUUACGGGAGAGAAGUGAUGAAUGUGAUAGCUUGUGAAGGUAUAGAUAGAGUCGAGAGACCGGAGACUUACAAGCAAUGGCAAGUGAGGAUGAUUAGGGCUGGUUUUAAGCAAAAGCCUGUCAAGGCAGAGCUUGUGGAGUCAUUUAGGGAGAAAAUGAAGAAAUGGGGUUAUCAUAAAGACUUUGUCCUUGACGAAGAUAGUAACUGGUUCUUACAAGGUUGGAAAGGUCGCAUCCUCUUCUCUUCUUCUUGUUGGGUCCCUUCUUAGCUUUUGUGUUUUUCUUCUUAAAGACUGUCAUGUAGUCCCAAGUUCUGUUUUAUUUUUCUUCUGGAGGCAGAGCUUGUGGACUUGUUUUGUGGACUUGAU